AUGGCGGAUCUCUCUCUCUCCAGGUACUUCGCCAUAACGGCAAUUUCUUUCAUUGCAUUCUUCUCUGGAAUCUCUCUUUCGGACGAAUCUCCCCUUUUCUCCUUCCAAAGUUUCGGCAAAGAUGUGAGCUUCGAGUCCGACAUUGCUAUGUACGGCGAUGCCAAGGUCGUCGAUGGCGAUUCUUCGAUUCAGCUGACUAACUCGGUGAGUUACAGUAGUGGGCGAGUCGUGUAUAAGAAUCCCAUUAAGCUUGUCGAGAAUGAUCCCGAGCAUCCAUUCCCGGCUUCGUUUUCCACGUUUUUCUCGUUGUCGAUGUCUCCUGGCCAUGGAAGUUGUCUUGGAUUUGCUGUGUUUCCUGCUCUGUCUGGUAAUAAUGGCACGAUUAGGUCUUCCCUGUUCGAAGUUGAAUUCGAUACUUCCGCUAAUGUCUCCAAAUACGGAGACUCGAACGAGAAUCACGUCGCUGUGCUCGUCGAUGGCUCGGUCAUGGAAAAGAUUAGCAACUUCACUUCUGCUGAUUUGGUCAUGAACAGUGAGGAGAAGCUGUAUGCUUGGAUUGAUUACCAAUCUGAUUCUAAAAGAUUAGAGGUUCGAUUCCGCAAUUCAGGAGAUGCCAAACCGAUCGAGACUCUGAUAUCUUACUGGAUCGAUUUCUCAGCGAUGGUGAAGGAUAAUGAGUUCAUGGUGGGAGUUUACUCAUACAACCAGAACUCUACCCAGACAUACAAUCUCCAUUCUUGGAGCUUGGAAGUAAGGCGAUUUCCGAGAUGGGUGCACUCGUAUGCUCUUGUUGAUCCAAAAAGCAACAAACCCACAUCGGAUAAGAAGAGGAAAGACAUGGCCCUGCAGAUUCUGACUUGCUUCAUUACAACAUUUGGUUCCAUGGCUUUCCUGUCCUUUGCAUUGGUGUAUCUCUGUAGAUUCUUCCGUAGGGACAACCUCGCUAUGGUUGUGCCUGAGGAAUGUGGGCUUAAAGCCAAGGAUUUCGAGUACAAGAAGAUGGAGAAAGCGGGAGGAGUGGCGGUCAGUAAAGCUGAAUCACAAGAGCCGAAACGAGUUGUGUGA